AGGCUCAUAAAUAUCAGCAACACAUAAUUCAACCCACCACGUAGCAUUGUUCCCCACCUUACUCUUUAAGAAAAAAAACCCAAAUGAAAACCAGGUGCAACUUCUCAAACCCUAAAACCCCAAAUUUCGAAAAUUUGACUGGUGGUUUCAGUAGUUAGGGGAAGUAUAUACACACAUACAUCGUUAUGCUUUCUGACAGAGUAUUGAAAAGUAUUUCUCAUUGCACCUGAGAUGGAUUCUGGAAUCCGAGUCUCUGAAGAUGCAGGUCCUUACCUCCCUCUCCGGCAAGACGCCGCCGCUCUCGAUUCCGACGAUGUUCGCUUGAAACAGCUCGGUUACAAGCAAGAGCUCCGCCGCAGCCUCUCGGCGGUGGCGAACUUUUCGGUGACGUUUUCGAUCGUUUCGGUAAUUACUGGGCUGACUACAAUGUACGCAGACGGACUCACUUAUGGUGGGCCUGUCACGAUGAUAUAUGGGUGGCCCAUUGUAGGAGCCCUUACCAUGAUUGUGGGCCUUGCGAUGGCUGAGAUUUGCUCUGCAUAUCCAACCUCAGGUGGGCUUUACUACUGGAGUUCCAAGCUCGGAGGAAAUCAGUGGGGCCCUCUUGCUUCUUGGUUCACUGGCUGGUAAGUUCAAAGUUUUUUUUUUUUUUUUUAGCGCAAUCUAAUAAGUUCAAGUUGAAAAG